GCAAGUGGGGGACGUCUUUCACCUCUCAGAUCUUCGUCUUACCGUUGGGGAGAGCUCAUAUGGGCCAUGAGGAACUUUAAAGGAGCAGACUUUGGAAAAUGGAUGAAUAGCCAAGAAGAGGCCAAGGCAUUGCUGGUUGAACUGAAGGAGUUCCUGGCCAGACCUCUGGAUAGCCCCACAGGUCGUUCACUUGCAACAGAACAGCGGCUGGCAUGUGAUGCCAUUCUGAGGGCCUGCAACCAGCAAGUGGUGGCUGGGCCAGCUUGCCCUGAGCACUUGGGCAUCCUGUUACAGCUGGCAGAGUUGGCUUGUGAUGGCUACUUGACAGCAACCCCUCAUCGCUCCCCCCUCUACUUGGAACGAAUCCUCUUUGUCCUCUUGCGGAAUAUUACUGCCCGGGUAGCCCCAAAAGCUGUUCGCCGCCUGACCCAAUCAUUGCACGCCUGCCUAGUGCAGCAUGUGCCUGUGGGUGCAUCCCAGGACUAUGAGGCUAUUGCCCGAGGUGCCUUCUCUUUGCUUUGGAAGGGGGCAGAAGCAAUUGGGGAACAGCAGUCUGCCUUCUCUGUUCGCCUGUGGGCUCUGAGCUUCCUAGUACUCCUGGAAGAUGACAGCACCCCUUGUAAAUUCCCCCUUUUUUCUUCCCCAACGGCUUGUCAAGCUGAAGCUGCCUGCCGGCUCUUUGAAACUAGCGGGCAUCCUUUGAGUAAGGCAGAUGCCUGCUUCCUCAGUGAACAGCUCUCUGCUUGUGUGAUCCAAGUGCUGGUUGGUGAGGAAGCCUGCCCUUCGCAUCUUCUCUCUCCCUGCAGGGCCCUCUGCCUCCUCGAGCUCACCUUAGAACGGUGUCGGCGCCUGUGCCUGAGCGGCUGCUGUGAUGAGGCCGCUGGGGCUGUGCGGGAAGCCCAGGCCUAUCUAGGACGUACGGAGCUGGCCCCUAGCCUGCAGCUGUGCUUGUCUGGGGUAGAGCUGCAGAGGUCGCUGGCAGGAGCCCUUGGGGGAGUGGGGGAGCUGUUGAGCAAGGCUGCGGUUACCCUCGAUUUGGGUGUCAAGGGCCCGUCCUCCUCACAUAGGGCCCUUGUGGAGACUUGCCAGUUUCUCCUCUCGGUCCUGGAGAGUGACGCCCAGAAAAAGUAUGACUUGGACACCAUCCUGGGCUUUUCUGCCUUCUUGGGCCAAUACUGUCAUCUUCUUCGCCAGCUUCGGGACAAUGCUCCUGUGGAUUGCCCCAAGCAGCUUCAAGUCUUGGUUCAGACUCAUUUUCACGGACUCCAACUCUACACCAGGAUGGUUUAUGAUUUCUUCAACGGUGCUAAGGUAACUGAUUUGGCUGACCUGAACCAGGUAGUAGAGAGUUGUCACUGUGCUGUUGUCUGGAUGCUGGAAGCUUUAGUGGGCCUAAAGGACCAAGAGCAGGCUGAGUACCUUGGAGUUACUGCCUGCUGCACCAGUCACUUGGCCUAUAGAUUCUAUAGCCAGAAGCUCUAUGCUGAGGCUAGCACUGUCACUGAGCCUUUCUGUCAGAAGAUGGGAUUGGCAAAGCCUGGAACAUACCCUGCAGUGCCUCCGGAGAAGCUGCACAAGUGCUUUCGCUUACACGUAGAGAGCCUGAAGAAGCUAGGCCAGCCAGCUCAGGGCUGCAAGAUGGUGGCUCUGUGGCUGAUGGCCCUGCAGCCCUGCACCAUGGAGCAAAUGGCGGAGCCCAUCAGUUUCUGGGUUCGUGUCAAGAUGGAUGCUGCCAAGGCUGGUGACAAGGAAUUGCAGUUGAAGACCCUUCGGGACAGCCUGACUGGCUGGAACCCAGAGACACUGACAUCCUUGCUGGUAGAAGAGCUGCGAGGGUAUAAAGCAAUUCGGGCUGACACGGGACAAGAGCGCUUCAAUGUUAUUUGUGACUUGCUGGAGCUGAGCACAGAAGAUACGCCGGCGGGGGCCUGGGCACGGGCCACCUAUUUGGUAGAGCUUGCCCAAGUGCUUUGCUACUAUGACUUUGCCCAGCAUGCCAACUGCUCAGCUUUGGAGGCCAUGCAGGAGGCCCUGAAGCUGCUGGAAUUGGUACAGCCCGAGUGCCAGACGACAGACCAGUUCUUGGAUGAUAAAGCCCAGGCUUUGCUGUGGUUCUACAUCUGUACCCUGGAGGCCAAAAUGCAGAAGGGCAUCGAGCAAGACUUGAGGACGAAGUUGCAGCCCAGCCUGAUAGAGCUAGAAGCCAAUGACCUGAAUUAUGAAGAUAAAAUACAGGAUGACCAUUUUCUCUACAGUAGCAUUGCCUUCAAUCUGGCUGUGGAUGCUGCUCAUUCUAAGUGCUUAGAUGAGGCACUGGCCCUUUGGAAAGAGAUGCUAACAAGAGGGAAGGUGCCCGCUGUAAGAUGUCUACAACAGACUACUGCCUCCCUCCAGAUCCUGGCUGCCCUCUGUCAGCUGCUGGCCAAGCCCCUUCAGGCUCUAGAGACAUACUUGCUGCUGCGUAGACUCUCAGGAAAUCUGAAGGACAACAUUAGAGCAGCCAGUGCCUCUUGCCACAUCACUCGGAUCCUCUUGUCCUUUGACUGUCCCAGCUAUGCCCAGCUGUAUUUGGAGGAGGCAGAGGCCAGUCUGCAGCUCAGUGAUCACAACAGCGAUGGCCACCUGCUCCUCACCCAUACCUGUGCCCUGCUUCGAAGCCAACUUGACUGCCUCUGUAAGAAGGUGGCCGAAGGUCUGUCUUUGCUGCUGUCUGUGCUGCGCGAUUCCGCCCUUCAGAAACCUUCUAAGGCCUGGUACUUGCUUCGGGCACAGGCCUUGCAGUUGGUGGCUGUUUACCUUAAUCUCCCCUCAAGCAGUCUUUCUGUCCAGCAGUGGGAGCAACUUUCUACUCAAGGCUGGCAGACCUCUGAGAUCGCUCUCACCGAAUCCCACAAGCUCCUCCGAAGCAUAAUUAUCCUUCUGAUGGGCAGGGAUGUGCUCUCUGUCCAACGGGCUGCUGUGGAGACUGGCUUUCUUGACUAUGGUGAGAACCUAAUUCAGAAGUGGCAAAUUCUUGCAGAGGUUUUGGGCUGCUCAGAGAAGCUGGUCACCUUGUUGGGACGCUUGGGCAGUGUAAGCGAAGCCAAGGCUUUUUGUCUGGAGGCUUUGAGGCUCACGCUGAAGUUGCAGUGUCUACGCCAGUGUGCCCUGUUCCUGGUGUUGAAGGGAGAACUAGAACUAGCCCGAAAUGAUCUUGACCUUUGCCAUUCAGAUCUUGAGCAGGUGCUAUUCCUGCUUCAGUCUGGGACAGAGUUUGAAGGGAUAGCCCGGCUGCCAGAUAACAUGAAAAAGAUCCAUCCCCAGAAAGGACAACAGCAGGCUCGAGCACCUUCCUGUUCUGGUCUCCCUGAAGAAGAGGCCUUUCUGAAGGGCCCUGCUCUGCAGCUGGUGGCCACUGUUGACAAGGAUCCUGGCCCUUUGGUGUCCUCCCCUGUUCUGAAAAUCAAACCUCAGUCUUCCCCUGCCUUCCUGUCCCACUUGCCUGCCUGCACCUGUACGCUCUGUACCGAUCCUGCUCUUUCAGUUGUCUGUCUCCGGUGGGCACUAGCUUCUGCCGGGGUAGAACUCUCGUCAGGUCAUCAGGCAAAGGGCCUGGACUUGUUACAUUCUGUGCUCACAAGAUGCUGGGGGGCCACAGACCAUCUGGCACAGGUUUUGCAAACUACACUGAGCCAAGAAGCUCUACCCUCACCUGCCCCAAGAUUCCUAGAGGACAUCAUUGCUCAGGCUUACACCCAGUUGACCCUGGAAGGCAUAAACCAUCCACCAGACAAAGGCCUAUGGGGGAUCUUAGAGACUGGGCUGAGUUUUGUGGCCUCUAGGACUCCCCACCUGAACUUUUGGCAUGCCAGCCUACUUGUGGCAAAGGCUCUGGCAGCGAUAUCCCAUCUCAGCUGUUGUACCACUCAGCUCUUUGCCAACACCUGGACCUGGCAGCCUCCAGUGGUGAAAUUACCCCAGACUUCAAAGUCUUCUAAAAGUCAGAGCCAAAAGCUUACAGGAGAAAAAGGCAAGCAGAUAGUCUCUGAUGACCUGUCCCUCAACAAUACCUCCCUGGAGGAUAGGGAUGAGAGGCCUUCGGCUGUACUAUGGCCUAUCGGGAGACCUUGUACUCCAAAGCAGCCAGGGCGCGCUGGCCCCCACGCACCCUUCACUGUGUUUGAUGAGGAGCUUUCCACAAAGAACAAGCCCGACUUAGCCAAAGCACCUAGGGUGAGGUGCAGAGCCCAGACUCGCCUCAAGGUGAACUUUAGUGAUGACGAGGACCACAUUCCCUCUGAGGGACUGGAUGAAAAGCCCAAGAGACGCGGAGCUGCUUCUCGAGGCAGGGGCCGGGGUGGCAGGGCCUCAAGACUAAAGACAGAUACUGAUGGUGCUCCCGGUGGCUCCAAGGAUCAGUCUACCUCUGGCAGCCGACCCCACCGUAGCAAGAAGGCAGCGGUAGAGGAACACGCCCCUCAGAGAGCCCUUCGACGUCAGCCAAAGUCGGACAUGGAGCUCAUGCGGACCAUUCCUGAAGAACAAAUGACUGAGAAACUGGAUGUGAGCUUGGAGAUUCUCCAGGAUUCUGACGAGGAGGGCACGGCCUCAGGUGGGCAGAAGUCAAUGCCAACCUGGCGUGAUACAACUGUGGGGGAGUGUGAAGUGGUAAGACGAGAUGCCAACAAGGAAGCUCUGCCUUUCCUGGCUCCAGAGAAGAGAGAAGGCAAUAAACACUGUGGCGCGCGCUCUAGGCUUGCCUCUGCCCCUGCAGCCUUGGGCCACUCUACCCUUGACUCCGUCUAUGACUCCCUAAGCAUUGCCUUCCGCUGUGUCAGCCACUGCCCCCCAAGUGGGCUCUACGCUCAGUUGUGCCGUCUCCUGGCUUUGUGCCUGGGUCACCGGGAUCCCCAUGCCACUGCCUUUUUGGUCACCGAAUCUGUCUCCGUCACUUCCCGACACCAGUUGCUCACCACCCUUCACCGACAUCUCCACAAAGCACAGAAGCAGCAAGGUCUCGAUGUGACUGAGCAGCUACAGGGGCUGAAUCUACAGGAAGAGCCCAAAGCUGUCCCCUUGACCCGGCUCCAGCACCUCUUUUCAUUCAGGACUCCACAGCCUGGCUGCUUCCCCCAGCCUGAGAAGGAGAGUUUCCAGGAACUCCUCGCUCAGAUGCCAAGUGGGGUGACAGUGUGUGUGCUGGCCUUGGUCAGCCUCCAGUCUGGAACUAUGGGGGAUACAUUACUGUUGACACGUUUGGAAAAGAAGAGUUCCCCUGUUACCAUCCAGAUCCCCACUGCCCAAACUAAGCUGCCUCUGAGUUUGGCCUUGGGAGAAUUUGACGCGAUCCAGAAGGAACAGAAAGAAAACAGCAGCUGCACAGAGAAGUCCAAGUGGUGGACAACUCGGCUGAAGCUGGACCGGAGGAUGGAGGUCCUUAUCACUUCUCUGGAGAAACAUGUGUUGGGCUGUUGGAAGGCGAUGCUGGUCCCACCCACUGAGAGUCCAAGCCUGACCCAGGAAGUCUUGUCCCUAAAGGACUCACUGGGGAAAUGUGGCUGGAAGUCUCCUGACUCAGCCUUGCUGCAGGUGGUUCUGGGUGCUGCCCAUAGCCUUUCCCCUCAGGACGUUCAGGCUUUGGCCCACGGUCUAUGCCAGGCCCAUCCAGAGAGAGCCCAGGAGCUUCUACAGGAGGCUGUUGACCGUCUGCAAGGCCAACCCAGGCAAAGCAAUGGGCACCUGGUACUGGUGUUAGAUAAGGACCUGCAGAAGCUGCCAUGGGAGAACAUCCCCAGUCUUCGGGCACAGCCUGUCACUCGACUGCCCUCACUCCGGUUCCUGCUCAGCUAUUCACUUAUCAGAGAGACCCAGGCCUCAUCAGUGUUGAACAAGGGAGUGAAUCCACAAAGUACCUUCUAUGUCCUGAACCCACAGAACAAUCUGGGAAACACAGAGGAGCGAUUUCGAGCCCGUUUCAGCAGUGAGGCUGGCUGGAAGGGCUUGGUUGGUGAGGCCCCAAGCCAAGAACAGAUCCAGGCGGCCUUGACUGAGCAUGAUCUGUAUAUUUAUGCAGGGCACGGGGCUGGCGCUUCCUUCCUGGAUGGGCAGGCAAUUCAGCGGCUCAGCUGCCGAGCAGUAGCCUUGCUGUUUGGGUGUAGCAGUGCUGCCCUGGCUGUGCACGGGAACCUGGAAGGGGCCGGCAUUGUUCUCAAGUACAUCAUUGCUGGCUGCCCCCUGUUCCUGGGAAACCUGUGGGACGUGACAGACAGAGAAAUAGACCGCUACACAGAGGCCCUUCUGCAGGGCUGGCUGGAGGCUGGCUCAGGGGCUCCCCUCCUCCCCUAUAUCAUCCAGGCACGCCAGGCUCCCCGACUCAAAUACCUCAUUGGAGCUGCACCCGUAGCCUAUGGCUUGCCUGUCUCCCUCCAGUGAUGCUUAGAAAAGUCUCCUUACAAUCCUUGCCUCUGAUUUCUUUGUCCAAACCCCUACUUCUGAAAUUCCCCCUUUUGAAUAUUUAAAUGAUUUUUUCAUUGU